AUGAGCGGUGAACUGACCGCAGAAGCGGGCAAGGUGGUUGAGCUGCGGGACGACAACUUUGACAGCCUCACACGCAGUGGGGCAUGGUUCGUGGACAUCUACGCACCGUGGUGCUCGCACUGCCAACGACUCGAGCCUACGUGGCGCCAGUUGGCUGAUGAGCUCAAGCCGCUGGGCGUCUCAGUGGCCAAGGUGGAUGGCACGAAAAACAAGGUGCUGCUGAUGCGUUUUGGCGUUGAGGCGUACCCAUCAAUAUACCUGCUGAGGGAGGGAAAGUCCUGGCAGUACGACGGCGCUCGCAGCUUCCAAUCGUUGAAGGAGUUUGCCCUCACCGGUUUCAAGUCGGCGCAGCCAAUGCCCUUCCACAAGAGCCCCGUCAGUGCAUUCGGUCGUGUCAUGGGCGCGCUGCACUCCUUCCCAGCGCUCGCCAAGCGGGCCUACACACAUUUACGGGAGGACAAGGGCUUCAGCGACAUGACCAUCAUCUCCGGGCUGCUGCUGGUGCCCCUCGCUCUUGGGGGCUUGGGCAUUUGCAUCCUGGACGUGAUGUACACACGGCAGCCGCACCUGGCGCACCAACACUAUGAGUGA